AUGGAAAUUUAUCUUAUGGAUCCGGAUCAGAAUCAGGUGGAUCUUUCCUCUGCCGUCGCUACCAACCCGGGGGGCAACCAUUAUUCCGGUCAGCACCCUCCGUCCCUUGCCAUCGACAAAACAUGGUCGAAAUGGCUGGACUUUAAUAAAGGGGAUUUGAUCGUCAGCCUCCCGCCUCCUUCCACCGCGAUCGGUUACUUUGGAAUGCAACUAGCGGAGGAUGCUCCACAGAGAGAUCCAGUGCUGUUUGAGCUCCUGUUGUCUCAAGACAGCGUGAACUGGGUUCUCGUGUACAAAAAUUCCAACACAGCCGUUGUGCCCAACAUUCGGAACCAUGACAUACUCAACCUCGAGCUGGCCGCGCAGUGGCGGGAUUUCCUGUUCGAGCCAAUAUCCACACGAAACCUGACGGACGAGGAGGGCCCGGUGAUCCAAGUGGCAGAGUUUCAACUCUGGGACGCUGCCUCACCGCCUGCAGAGAUAGACUUGCCAGCCCAAGGUGCAACAGCAACUGACUGGCAGAACCUGGGGAGCAGCCCCUCUGGUGAGGGGCCAGACAACGCUGUAGAUGGCGAUGUCGCCACGAAAUGGCUUGACUUCAACAUGUCGCGCUCGGCAGGAUUACACAUCCAACUGCCAAACCCGGUGUCCCUGUCAAGCUGGAGUUGGGUGACGGCGAACGACUACGUCAACAGGGACCCCUUCCAGUGGAACUUCUAUGGACUUUACAUUGAGUCGGGGAACAACAACAUGGUUCUUCUCAACCAGCAGUCAACCGAUCUUUCCGUGCCGCUAGAACGAAAGGUAUCUGUCGGGGUGCUGACCAUUGCUCCCGUGCUCACCACCAGCAGCACAACCACUUCAUCAGUAUCAACUUCAAGCACAACAGCAACCACCACUUCGACAUACAGCAGCAGUACGUCAACAUCAAUGUCGAGUACGACAUCGACAUCCGCCAGCACCACGGCAACAUCAACUUCAUCCACUACCACCGCAUCAAAAUCAACUUCAGCCACCAGCAGCACAUCAAAGUCAAUGUCAUCCACCAGCAGCAGCACAUCAAUGACAACUUCAAGUGCCACCUCCACUUCAACGUACAGCAGCCGCACAUCAACAUCAACCUCAAGUACGUCGAUCACGAAGACAUCCACGACGAGUUUGUCGAGCUCCACCACGUCUUCGUCCAUCAGCUUGACUCGGACCACCGUCACCGUCACCUCUGGAGAUGCUGCUGUCCUGUCGGCUCUGGUGGCCGAGUUGAUAAGAGACCUUGAAAGCAGCCAGGAGAGCAUGGCACAGCUGUUUCGAGUCUUGGACUCGAGCUCAAACACGUCCACUCCCGAAGUGUACGGCACGCUGGUAACCCUGCCCAACAUCCAUGCAGGGACCCCAUUCCACACCGGUUUGCUUCGAGCUGGCCCAAACGAGACCAGCGCAGGCUCCAUGCAAGUGUUUGCCGGAGAAUCUGUUGUAGAUAUUCCGACCGCUCUUUUCACAUCCGAGGCGCGCCCUGGGUACGCUGUGAUCAGCAUAACAGAUUCACAGCCAGGAGACGAGAUUAGUGCAAUCCUCGCUGCUUAUACCCAGGCUUCUGGAGAUGUCUUGGUGACGCAACCUAUCAGUAUCAAAGCAAGCCUGUUGGAGCACGGAGUCAACGGAACGCUGCCAGCGCCGCUCAACUUCACCAUGCCGAUCACAGAUGCCAAUGCCACUGGUGACUUGACAUGUGUGUACUGGGAUGAGCAACAGGACGCCUGGUCGAGUCAGGGCGUGAUGACAGUUUCCGCUGCUGGGGGCAGCGUGCGAUGCUCCACCACUCACCUCUCACUCUUUGCUGCGAUUAUAAGGGCCGUCGUGACAACAUUGGUGUGUAGCAACGCAGCUGCCAUCUUCUCGCUAGAAGGCUUGCAAUCCUUGCUGAAGUGGCAGUGGGCAGUGCAGGCUCCUGCUAUCAUCCAGUGGGUUACCCUUCUGGCCGGGCUUUGCUUAGUCUUUGCAGCGAAACGAAUGGACCAGCGAUACAUGGAGCACGUGGAUGCAUUGGAGGGGUUUCAGGAGAUCAGGAUUUUGCGACCGGUUGAAUUCUCCCGCAGGGAGUUCGUCACUGACCUGCGUGAGUAUUUCCUCGGAGUAUUUCAUCCAUCUAGGCGCGUGGCCAGCCAGUUAGUAAAGAGGAAGAUCGGGUUGGGCGUCGGCGAGUUGUAUCGUUUGCAGCGCGUGAGUGGAGUUACAGCAUGGCAUAAGCAGGCUCGGUCCAUUCUGUCGAAAUUCUCGGAGCAAAGGCUCUUCUUGAAGCUGACCAUGCUGUACCAAGUGCAUUGUCGUUGGUUCAACUUUGCCACCCCUUCACUGAAAGCCAGCUGUGCUCAGCGUUGCAGUGUGCUUCUGGCCAAACUGUACAGUGGCUGGGCAAUCAUGGCGGUCUUCUACGGGUCCACAGCACUGGCCCCCGAUCAACCCGAAUGUGCUCCCCCCGAGGCAUUGCUGGAUAAGUUGGUCCGCAGCGCUGUGAUCGCGUGGAUUUCUGCAAUCUUCGGCUCCGUGCCGUUUGUGUUGCUGCUGGCUUUGGUGCACUUCGGUGGAAACAGUGCCAGCUCAGCGCGGACAAAUCUCUUCUGGGGUUACAUGACGAUCCACCUGAUUCUCUGUGCUCUGGUGGUCAGCAUCUUUCUGGCCAGCGUCAGUCCGGCGGACGGAGAGAAGUUUCUAUUAUCCACAGUCACCAAUCUGCUGACCUCAUUGCUUGUCACCCCCGUGCUCCUGACAGUGCUGUUUGGAGCAUGCAUGCUCGCCAGGGCUGAUGAUCUAGAUCGGCUGCUAGAGUGGCAGCAGGAGGACCAAUUCGAAGUCUCUGUCUCCAAGGUUGUAGUUCCAGUCGAGCAGUUGCAGGCAACUCUGAAGCUGGACUCACGAUUGAAUGUCACUGUUCUCGCAGAGGUUUUCGGCGAUCAUUCCAGUUCUACCACCCUCGACAGGAACAAAGUGUCCGGAAGCUUCAGCUCCUCCGAUACAUUCCUCGUCACGAAGCGUCAGGUUCUGAUGUUCACUGUUAUUGUCGUGGAGCUGCAACGGAGGCAUGCAUUCACGCUUCAUGCCGUGGCCUUAGGCAGCGACGCACUUGCCGGCUACAGCGGGGCACUGCCCCUCUUUGUGCCCGGCAAGAAGUCGCCAUGUGCAGAAGUCUUGGUGGAGGUUGCCCCUGCAGGGGGCAAGCAGGAAAAGGUCGACGCCAAGGGUCAAGAUGAAGAAGUUCUGAUUGUCCAGGUUGCGCCCAACAACGAGGGAACACCGCUAGAGGAGAAGGUAGACAACAAGAGUCCAGAUGAGGAAGGGGUGACUGUUCCAGUGGUGGCGCUGGAGCCAGAACCUCCAUGCGAGGCACCCACACCCGUGGCAAGGACUCCUGAAACAAGGGAGCCCUUGUCAGGAAGCAAAAACAUGCUGCACUUGCAGCAGGAAUUCGCUCUCGCUCCACUUUCACGGCCUCGCAUGGGCCCUUGCUUGCGCCCGCAGUCACGGACGUUGGGUACUCCACGCCGUGGACAGGAUCCCACAGGUGCGAGUGCAGUCUCCAAAGGGGACAGGGCAUGA